AAUUGUGCAAAAAGAAUAGUGUAUCUGUGCAGCAACCUCGACGAAAGUUAAACCUCCAAUUUAAAACGUACGUUCUUACUGUUCUUUUUUUUAUUUUUAAAUAUUUAAUUCAACCUUUGAUUUGUUGCAAAGCGAGAGCCUACUAACCUUUGUAGAAACUUACAAUUUUAUCUUUAUAAUUCAGAUAUGAAUAAUUGAUUAUUGGCUUGUGGCGUAAAGCGACAGUUUUUAUAGGACUAGCCAAUUUAUAUUUUAUUACAUUUUAUAACGUUUUUACUUAAUUUUUACUUAAAUUAAUUGCAUUAUUGUUCGCCUUGAUUUCUUGUUUUUUCUUCAUACAAUUCAUACCUGUUUUUGUAGAUGCUGUUUUAUCAUGCAUAAGGUACUUUAUUGAUUUAAACGAACAAGCAUAUUAGCACGUAACGGCCAUUGUGUCUUGAUUAUGUGACAAAAUUUAGAACAUUGCUAAUUUCCAAAUGUAUAACGUCUUGACUGCAACUAAUAACGAUAAUGGAAAGAGAAAAAUGACGUCACCAACCCCUUCUCAGACAGAAAACAAUACGACGACCUCCUGCGACAUGAGUUCAACAAGCAGUUCAUCGGGUUGCGAAGCAACAGUGCCGGCUAAAUGUUCCAUCUGCCAUGAACUCUUUCAACAACCUCGAGUGCUUCCGUGUCUUCAUACGUUCUGCUUGAAAUGCAUCGAAAAAACAGCGGAUGGUUCAACUCGUCUCUGCUGUCCGGACUGUGGGGAGGAAUGUCACCUGCCUAACGGAGCUAGUGCCCUACUUCCAGAUGUCUCGAUUGGAUUUUCUGAUGAUUCAAAUUCGUCGUUGUUGGGAGGAGUUCUGCAUUGUACAGGCUGUAAAAAUCCGGAGACGAACGCCAUAGCGCGAUGCAUAGACUGUUCGAGUACUUUGUGCAGUCAGUGCGUCAACGCGCACAGAAUAAUGCAUUGUUUCGAUGGACAUCGCAUUAGCAGCUUGGAACCUGUCGCUGCUAGUUCUCCAACUAGCUCGAACGAGUCGUCAUGUGAAAUUCAUCCGACUGAAUCACUUUCGUUUUUCUGCCGUCAGUGCUCACAAGCGGUUUGUGACGAAUGUGUGAAAUUCGAGCAUAGGCUACACGAUUAUGAUUAUCUGACAACGGACGCUAGGACAGAAUUGGACGUGUUACAAUCGCUAGCUCAACAGGCCAAAGCUAAAGCGACCGACCUACGUAGCGAUGUCAAAAGCGUCGAACACAGCCUGACAAAAUUGAAUAAUCAAUACAAAAAGGCCCAAGCCGAUAUAAACGAGACUUAUAACUUUUACCGGUCGAUUCUGGAUGGACGGCGAGAAGAAGCAUUAAGAGAAUUGGACGCGGCUAAUACUCAGAAACAAGGCGCAUUGAAUGCUGCCACGGAACGAAUGACAGAAAUAACUGAGAAACUUUACCAGGCUGCUGAGUUUAUCGAGCGACUUACUAGGUGUGCAAAUAUGGUGGAGGUAUUGAUGUUUAAAAAACUCUUGGAUGUACGACUGCAGAACUUAAUACAGUAUACGCCGGAAGUGACAAACAACGUGUCUGAUUUGGAAUUUGUAUCGAAUUACCAAGCCAUACAGGUCGGCGUUCGUAACACGUUCGGCUAUAUAAGACAGACUGCUACUGACCCAAUGCAACGCCACCCUUUCCCACCGCAACCGCCUAUCAGCAAGCCUGUGUCCAGGGUUAUUGCUCCACCCAAUCCGGUAAAUCCACAGCAUCCGUUCAUGUCAAAUGGGAAUACUCUUCCUCCGACUAUCGACAACUCGCUAGGCUUAUCUAGUAACAGAUUUCCUUCAACGCAUUCUUUGGGCUCGCUAUCGAAUUCAACCGAUUCUCACCUAUCAAAUGGAAUUGCUAACGGCUUAAAUCAGCUACACGAAUCUCUAGAUAAUCAGAACAGUGCUAGGCCAUAUGAAAAAUGGAGCUCCGGUAACGAUUUACCCUAUUCAAGUGCAUCGGCUACAGUACCAACCCCUGUUCUUACUGACCCGAUGAUGGAUUUGACAGCAAAAUUGAUAACUGCGAAUAUCUAUCCACCAAGGUCGCAGAUUAAACGGCAUAAGAUGAUAUAUCAUUGCAAGUUUGGAGAAUUUGGAGUAAUGGAUGGACAGUUUACGGAACCUAGUGGCGUCGCUGUUAACGCUCAGAACGAUAUUGUGGUCGCCGAUACGAAUAAUCACCGAAUUCAAAUUUUUGAUAGAGAGGGUAGAUUUAAAUUUCAAUUUGGAGAAUGUGGUAAAAGAGAUGGUCAGCUGCUAUAUCCAAAUCGAGUAGCUGUAGUUAAAUCAUCUGGAGAUAUUGUUGUUACGGAACGAAGCCCAACCCACCAAAUCCAGAUUUACAACCAGUAUGGGCAAUUUAUGAGAAAAUUUGGAGCAUCAGUAUUGCAACAUCCAAGAGGUGUCACCGUUGAUAGUAAAGGAAGAAUAGUUAUUGUCGAAUGUAAAGUGAUGAGGGUGAUUAUUUUCGAUCUGACUGGAAAUGUUUUAAGAAAGUUUAGCUGCUCUAAAUAUUUGGAGUUUCCAAAUGGCGUGGUAGUAAAUGACCAGGACGAGAUAUUCAUAUCCGAUAACCGUGCACAUUGCGUUAAAGUUUUCGACUAUAACGGCAUGUAUUUAAGGCAAGUGGGAGGAGAAGGUGUCACGAAUUACCCAAUCGGAGUUGGAAUAAAUUCAGCUGGAGAAAUUCUUAUUGCUGAUAACCACAACAACUUCAACAUAACUAUUUUCAGCCAGGACGGAACGCUUUUGAACGCUUUAGAAUCUAAAGUAAAACAUGCGCAGUGCUUCGAUGUCGCUCUAAUGGAUGAUGGUUCGGUUGUUUUAGCCAGCAAGGAUUAUCGGUUGUAUAUCUACAGAUACGCGCAAGUACCGUCUCUCGCUUAA